CUGCCAUCACUUGGCCUUCAUUGUUCACGCAUAUACCAUGUACGUUUUGCGUAGCUUCAUAUCUUCUACUACUCCUCUUUUCUAUUUACAUGUUAAAAUUGCAUUUUAUAAUGUUUCUUAACCUGUGCCGCCGCCAUUCCCCUCCAAUAUGCCAUCAAUCGACCGUUGAAUAACCGGCGGAGAAAACGACAGUAUUCAGAAACGUUGUUUUAUUGUUUGUGUGUUGUACGUACGUUGCUUAAUUACAUAUGACUAUAGCUCUGAAAACACACCAACAAAAUCAACUCCGUAGAUUAAGAGCAGAACAGGAAAGAGAAGAAUUAUUAAAUAGGCGAUUUACUAGAAAUCCAGACAUAAAUGAUACGACCAUACUUAUUGAUCAUACUAUACAACAUCAAAACUCGUUACAGAAAACUAAUAAAGGAAUCGAUAAAAAUAACGAAUGUGAUGAGAUACUAAAUAGUAUAUUACCUCCAAUAGAAUGGGAAGAAGGUGGACAAAAAUGGAGACAAAAAGUGUCAAAUGAACCAGCUACUAGGAUAGAUGUAAUUAAAUUAACAGAAAUGCUAGAUAUGAAUUUACAACACUUACAAGCACGGGAAACUGGUAUUUGUCCAAUUAGGAGAGUAUUGUAUUCACAAUGCUUUGAUGAAAUUAUUCGACAGGUAACUAUAAAUUGUGCUGAAAGAGGAAUUUUACUUUUAAAAAUUCGCGAUGAAUUAAAUAUGACUAUAGAUGCUUACAAGACUUUGUAUGAAAGUAGUAUAGCAUUUGGCAUAAGAAAAUCAUUGUCCGCAGAACAUAAUAAAAUUGAUCUACAAGAUAAAUUAACCGAAUUGGAAGUAAAUAAACAAAAGCUUAAGAUUGAUUUAGAAACAGCUAUAAAAAAGUAUGAAAUGAAUCAAAGACAGUCAACUGAAAAACGAAUAGCAGAACAACAAAGACACAACGAAGAAAUUAAUAUGUUGAAGAGAUCAAAUCAACAAUUAAAAGCUCAGUUAGAAGGCAAGGUCGACUUAAGAACAAUAUGGGCUCUCCUAUGUAAUCUAUCUAGUGGAAAAUCAGAAAAUGUCACUUCCAUGAAAAAGUAAUGAGUAAAAAUGAAAAGGUCCUGUUUAUCAAAAAACAUAUCUAAGUAUCUAAAAUUAGUUUAAUAUUUAUUGUAAUAAUAUAGAUAGAAAUUUAAAAAAUUGUUAGACAGGUGUACUAGAAAAUAAUAAUAAUUUUCAUUAGAAUGAUCUUUUAAUUUUAAACAAUAACAAAAAUAAAUAUACUAACACAAUCCUAGAAGAAUUACAUACAGUAUUCAGUAAAUAAGGAAACAGGUCAAAAGUUAUAAACAAUUAGAACAACAGAAACUUGUUCCUUACUUAGUGAACACCCUUAUAUAUAUAUAAUGAAGUAAAAAAAAAAAAAUUUCAACAACUUAUUAAACAAGCUAAUAGAUUUUAAAAACAACAUAACUUAUCAAUAUAUUGUUAACAAUUUUAAUUUCUCUUAACACUUAUCAACCAGAACAUAAAUACUUACAAUAUAUUUUUAUAAUGUAACAUUUUUAAUAUAUUUUUAGUAACAUGAUUUAUUAUUUGUUUUUUAUAAUCAUUAAUGUGUUCUUAGCGUUUUUUUAUAUUUAUGUUUAUUUAUUAUUAUAAUUUAAGUAACCUGAUGAUGGCUUGAGGCCAAAACUAUAAUAAUUACAUUUUUAAAGUUUAAUAAUUCUCUUGGCUUUAAUUUUUAUAAUAUAAUUAAUAUUAAAAUUCUAAUUUAUAUUAAUAUGUAAAUAGUAGGCAUAUAAAAUCCAAAGCCACAACAUAAUAAUCUCCUUUUAAUAGACUUGAAAAAAGAUAAAAAGGAACAAAGUGGGUUCUAAGAAUUCUGAUAGAAAAAUAAAACAGACCAAGCUUUAGCAUAAUUAUACUUCAACAAUAACUUAAUCAGUUAGGGUAGUAAUUUCUCCUUACAAAUUAAAGUGAUUAAUUUCUGGCAAUAUAAACCAUUCUGAUAGUAAAUGACGAAUUUUUGAGAAAUAUCCAAAUUUAUAUUUAGUAUAACUUUUUAAUAACUCUCACUAAUAUAAUCUUAUUUAAAUGAGAUCAAAAACAUAUUAACUUGUCCAACCUUAAAAAAAAAAUGUCA